UAGCUCUCACAGUCCUUUAUUUGAUUCAUUGUAGCAAAAGGAAAGCUGGCGAGAAUGCAAGGGGGGCCCCUGGAUGCUUUGCUGGAGCCCCUGCGAGGCGUCCUGUCACACCUCUGCCACCGCAGUCUGUGUGCUCCCAAGCGGCCAGUGGCUUUCACACUAGGGAAACUGCAGUCCUUGUCACCCGUGCCUUUGUCCUACCAUUAGUAUUUGAGUGAUCCUCCUUUGUCACCUUUCCUUCCUUCCUUCUCUUUCCUUCGUUCUCUCCUUCCUUCUUUUCUUUUCUUUCUUUGAGACAGAGUCUUGCUCUGUCGCCCAGGCUGGAGUUUGGUGGCCCGAUAUCAGCUCACUGCAAUGUCCACCUCCUGGGUUCAAGCGAUUCUCCUGUCUCAGCCUCUGGAGUAGCUGGGACUACAGGCGCGCACCAGCACGCCCAACUAAUGUUUGUAUUUUUAGUAGAGACUGGGUUUCACCAUGUUGGCCAGGCUGGCCUCGAACUCCUGACCUCAAGUGAUCUGCCCGCCUCAACCUCCCAAAGUGCUGGGAUUACAGGUGUGAGCCACCGCGCCCGGCCGUCACUUUUCUUAAAUCUCACUGGUGCUCGCGGGCUGAAGGGUCAGGACGGACUAGAGGCGAGCAAUCCCGGUGGCACCAGGCGUUCCCCGACCCGCACGGGUCGCCAGCUGCACGGACCCUGGACAGAAGCGCGCGGCGGCUGCGGCACAGGGCGGGGAGCGGCUGCUCGGCCCCAUCCUAAGGCAGCAGAAUGCCCAGAGCUGGUCCCUGGCUCCGGGCGCAGGCCGAGUAGGAGCUGGGCGGACAGCGGCGUCGGGCAGGCCCUUCCAGCCGGGCGGACAGCCCGCUCUGACCCAGCCAUCCGACUCCGCUUGCGUCCUGGCAGCGCGGACCCUCGGCAACUUUGCUGCGGUGGCCAGGCCGGGGGGCGGAACUGGCCCGCACCCCUGAACCGAGCAAGCCUAGGAGCAGGUGCGCCGGCGGCGCUGUGAAGCGGCACUCAGGACAGGCAGGCUGGGCGUGGCCACCCCGAAACCUCCGAGGGACGACCAGCCAGCCCAGGCUGGCGCUGGAGCUGCAGCGCCACCUGCAGGCCAAGGAGUCUUUUUCUGGGAGGCUGGAACUGCAGAUGCAGUGAAGGCACAGGUUCAGUGACGUCACAGGUGCGCAGGCGCACUGGUGUGUAACGGAUUGGCUUGGCCUUACCCGCGUGGCUUGGCCCUACCCGCGAGGCUUUGCGGUGGUUGCUUGGCUUGGCGGUGGCCGCUUGGCUUGGCGGUGGUCGCUUGGCUUGGAGUGGCAGUGAUCGCUUGGCUUGGCAUUUCUGGCUUGGCAGUGCUCCUUUCGCAGAUUGGAAACCGCAGGCUAUCCUGCUGGGAGGUUGUGGCCGAGGUAGUAGCUCGCUACUGAUGGCCUCCUGGGGUGGAGAAAAGCGGGGAGGGGCUGAGGGGUCUCCGAAGCCGGCAGUCUCCGCCAUGAGGAAGACCCCUAGUGUCGGGAGCCAGGAGGACCAGUGGUACUUGGGCUACCCGGGGGACCAGUGGUCCUCAGGCUUCUCCUCCAGCUGGUGGAAAAACAGCGCUGGCAGCGAGAGCAAGCACGAUGAGGGCGCCUUAGACCAGCCCCAGCACGACGUCCGCCUGGAAGAUCUUGGCGAGCUCCACAGAGCUGCCCGGUCGGGCGACGUCCCUGGAGUGGAGCGCGUCUUGGCUCCUGGAGACACUGGCGUGGACAAGAGGGAUAGGAAGAAGAGCAUUCAGCAACUAGUUCCUGAAUAUAAGGAAAAACAGACACCUAAAAAUCUUCCUCAAAAUAACAAUCCAGAUUGGCAUCCUACUAAUUUGACCCUUAGUGAUGAGACUUGUCAGAGAUCCAAGAAUCUGAAAGUUGAUGAUAAAUGUCCAUCUGUAUCACCAUCAAUGCCUGAAAAUCAGUCAGCAACCAAAGAAUUGGGACAGAUGAACUUAACAGAACGAGAAAAGAUGAACAUUAGAGUUGUACUUCUCUCAGGGAAUGAUACUCUCCAUGACCUGUGCCAAUCACAGCUACCAGAAAACAAAGAGAGGAAAGAAGCAGAACAAGACUUGGAGCUGACAUCAGAGGAAGAGCAAGAAAGACUUAAAGGAUGUGAAAAUAAGCAGCCACAGAAAACAUCUCAAGAACCAGAAAUGGCUAAGGAUUGUGAGAGAGAGGAUAUACCUAUAUAUCCAGUACUUCCUCAUGUGCAAAAAUCUGAGGAAAUGUGGAUUGAACAAGGCAAAUUAGAGUGGAAAAACCAAUUAAAACUCGUCACAAAUGAGUUAAAGCAGAGGUUUGGUGAAAUUUGUGAAAAAUACAAAAUUCUGGCUUGUCCUGAGGAAGAGCGACUACUUGAUAACUCUACAAGAGGAAUAGAUGUAAAGGAUAUUCCCUUUAAUUUGACAAAUAACAUACCUGGUUGUGAGGAAGAAGGUGCAUCUGAAAUAUCUGUCUCAGUGGUAUUUGAGACAUUUCCUGAACAAAAAGAACCCAAUCUCAAAAAUAUCAUCCAUCCAUACUAUCAUCCAUACUCUGGGUCGCAGGAACAUGUUUGCCAGUCAUCUAAGUUUCAUUUACAUGAAAAUAAAUUAGACUGCGACAAUGAUAACAAACCAGGCAUUGGACAUAUUUUUAGUACAGAUAAGAACUUUCAUAAUGAUGCAAGCACUAAGAAAGCAAGGAACCCAGAAGUGGUUACAGUUGAAAUGAAAGAAGACCAAGAGUUUGAUUUGCAAAUGACAAAAAAUAUGAACCAAAAUAGUGACAGUGGCAGUACAAAUAACUAUAAAAGCCUGAAACCUAAAUUAGAAAAUCUGAGUUCUUUACCACCAGAUUCUGACAGAACAUCAGAAGUAUAUCUACAUGAAGAAUUACAGCAAGACAUGCAGAAGUUUAAGAAUGAGGUCGACACAUUAAAAGAAAAGUUCCUGGCUUUGAAGAAAGAAAAUGUUCAACUUCAUAAAGAGGUUGAAGAAGAAAUGGAGAAGCACAGAUGUAAUAGCACAGAAUUAUCAGGAACCCUAACUGAUGGCACUACUAUUGGCAAUGAUGAUGAUGGACUAAAUCAGCAGAUUCCUAGGAAGGAAAAUGGAGAGCAUGACAGGCCUGCAGAUAAAGCAUCUAAUGAAAAGAACGAGGUCAAAAACCAAAUAUAUCCUGAGGCUGACUUUGCUGACUCAAUGGAGCCAUCUGAAAUAGCCUCAGAGGAUUGUGAGUUGUCUCACUCUGUUUAUGAGAAUUUUAUGUUGCUGAUUGAACAACUUAGAAUGGAGUGUAAAGAUUCUGUUAGCCUACCAAGAAUCCAAGACACAUUUUGUUUGUGUGAACGCUUACUGAAACUUAAGAAUAAUCACUGUGACCAACUUACAGUAAAAAUUAAACAAAUGGAAAAUGUGGUCAGUGUACUACAAAAUGAGCUAUCUGAAACAAAAAAGACAAAAUUACAGUUAGAACUUCAAAAAAUUGAAUGGGAGAAAGAGCUGUACAAUUUGAGACUUGCCUUAAAACAAGAAAAUGAGGAGAAAAGAAAUGCCAAUAUGUUGUAUAAUAAAGAUAGUGAACGGUUAAGAAUAAAAGAAGAGGAGUGUGGGAAAGUGGUUGAAACAAAGCAACAACUUAAAUGGAAUCUGAGAAGACUUGUUAAGGAAUUGAGGACAGUAAGAAAUAACUUGGAUCUGGUUGUGCAGGAGAGAAACGAUGCCCAGAAGCAACUUUCUGAAGAACAGAAUGCGAGAAUAUUACAAGAUCAGAUUCUGACGAGUAAAGAAAAGGAACUAGAAAUGGCUCAAAAGAAAAUGAAUUCUGAGAUUUCUCAUAGGCAUCUGAAAGAAAAGGAUCUCUUUCAUGAAAAUUGCAUGUUGCAGGAAGAAAUUGCCUUGCUGAGACUGGAAAUAGAUACAAUAAAACAUCAGAAAAAGCAAAAGGAAAAGAAAUAUUUUGAGAACAUUGAGGUUUUGAAAGAAAAGAAUGAUAACCUUCAAAAAAUUAUAAAACUAAAUGAGGAAACAUUAACAGAAACAAUACUCCAGUACAGUGGACAGCUGAACAAUCUGACAACUGAGAACAAAAUACUCAAUUCUGAACUGGAGAAUGGGAAACAGAACCAAGAAAGACUGGAAAUAGAAAUGGAAUCAUACCGUUGUAGACUGGCUGCUGCUCUAUGUGACUGUGAUCAAAGUCAGACAGCAAGAGACCUAAAACUUGAUUUCCAGAGAACAAGACAAGAGUGGGUUCGUUUACAUGACAAAAUGAAGGUUGAUAUGUCUGGCCUACAAGCUAAGAAUGAGAUUCUUUCUGAAAAACUUUCUAAUGCUGAAAGUAAAUUCAACAGCCUACAAAUUCAGCUCCAUAACACAAGAGAUGCUCUUGGAAGAGAGAGUUGGAUUUUGGAACGUGUGCAAAGAGACCUCAGCCAAACACAGUGUCAGAAGAAAGAAACUGAACAAAUGUACCAAAUUGAACAAAGCAAACUGAAGAAAUACAUUGCCAAGCAGGAAUCUGUAGAGGAGAGAUUAUCUCAACUACAAAGUGAAAAUACGUUGCUUCGACAGCAACUGGAUGAUGCUCACAAGAAAGCUAACAGUCAAGAAAAGACAAUCAGUACUAUCCAAGACCAGUUUCAUUCUGCUGCCAAAAAUCUUCGAGCUGAGAGUGAAAAGCAGAUUCUUUCACUACAAGAGAAGAACAAGGAGCUGAUGGAUGAAUAUAAUCAUUUAAAAGAAAGAAUGGAUCAAUGUGAGAAAGACAAAGCAGGAAGAAAAGUAGUCAUGAGAGAAUUCCACCAAGAAUGGACCGAUCUCCUAAAACAACAACCUACAUCAGAGGCUACCUCACGUUGUCACAUUAAUUUAGAUGAGACACAGGAUUCAAAGAAGAAAUUGGGUCAAAUCAGAAGUGAAGUUGACCUUACAGAAGCACAGGAAACUGUACCUUCACGAUGUCUACAUCUGGAUGCAGAGAAUGAAGUUCUUCAACUUCAACAGACAUUAUUCUCUAUGAAAGCAAUACAAAAGCAAUGUGAAACACUACAGAAGAAUAAGAAGCAGCUGAAACAAGAAGUAGUAAACCUCAAAAGUUAUAUGGAGAGAAAUAUGUUAGAACAUGGUGAAGCUGAACAGCAUAAACUGUUGAUUGAAGAAAGAGCAAGGAAGGAGACAGAAGAAAAAUUAAACGAAGCCGUUCUCACCUUGCAGAAACAAGCAGCAGUAUCUCAAGAACAGUUAGCACAGUUAAGGGAGGAUAAUACUACUUCAAUAAAAACUCAGAUGGAACUCACAAUCAAAGAUCUGGAAUCUGAAAUCUCCAGAAUAAAAACUUCGCAAGCCGACUGUAAUAAAACCGAAUUGGAAAGAUAUAAGGAACUCUACCUAGAAGAAGUAAAAGUUAGAGAAUCCUUGUCAAAUGAACUCAGUAGAACUAAUGAGAUGAUAGCAGAGGUCAGUACGCAACUUACUGUGGAGAAAGAGCAGACCAGAUCCAGAUCUCUAUUCACUGCUUAUACUACAAGGCCAGUCCUAGAGUCACCUUGCAUUGGAAAUCUUAAUGACAGUGAAGGUCUCAACAGAAAACAUAUUCCAAGAAAAAAGAGAUCUGCUCUUAAGAGCGUGGAGAGCUACUUGUUGAAGAUGCAGCAGAAGUUGCAAAAUGAUCUAACUACAGAAGUAGCAGCUGCUGCUAAAUAUGAACCUGGAUCCUAUAUAGCUUCUCCUCUAGGAUUUACACACAAGGAAAAUCUGAAUCAAGAUCCAGUUUUGGAAGUAACAAAAGAAUAUGUACAGAUUUUAAGAAGAAAAUACAUAUUCUGAAAGAUAAGGCAAUUUUAUUUCUGGGCUAUUCACAUGAUAUUUUGUUUCCCAUUAAGUAUAUGAUGUGAACAUUUUUACUAAAGGGAAAUAUUCUAUAUUAUACAUGUCUGAUGAAAAUUUAUAUAGUAUUUUAAAUAAUGUUUCUUGGCCUCUUCAGCUAACUUUUAAGUGGAUUUUGCAAAUGAAAACCAGUAUUAUUGAGUUUUACAUACUCGAACUGCCCAAAUGUUAGCUGUUUAAACAACCAAAUAAUCAAGUUGCCAUUAAUAAUUUAGUGGAGUCAAUUGAUGGCUUGUUUGUAUUUUAUAAUUUUAUCUUUAAUAUAUAGUGAUAGAUUUAAGUUUAGAUAGACAUCAUUUUGGUAUACUGGUACUGUGGUCAUUGUCAAAGUUUGGAUGUAUUACAAUUGUUAUAGUGCAAUCAAACUUAGAUAAUUUUAAUUUUAAGCACUGAUUUAUUUAGAUCUUUCCUUGUGGAAAAAUAAGGUUUGUCUAAGGCUUUUUGCUUUUUUAUUUAUUGUUUCAUGUCUUUAUUAGAUUAACUUUUGGGAAACAGUCUUAAAAUUGGAGAAAAUUUCCACAUUUUAGGAAAAACAACUUUCCCCCUGUGGACCAUUUGAGAGUAAAUUGCUGACAUUAUGCCAUCACAUCUGAUAUGUGGGUAUUCCCACAAGUCAGGACAUUUUAUAUAACUACUUUAUAAUCAGAAAGUUAACAUCAAUACAUUUGAAAUUCAUUUAAUUCUCAGUUUCUUUUCAAGUUUUCUUAAUUGUCUAUAAUGUUCUUUGUAGCAGAAGGAUCCCAUUCAGGUCCAUGAAUUUCAUUUAGUUGUCAUGACUCUUUCAGUCUGGAACAGUUCCUCAGUUUUUCUUUGACCUUUAUGACCUUAAAUCUUUUGAAGAGUAAAGUCCAAUAAUACAGAAUGUCCCUCCAUUGGAUUUCUCUGAAUUUUUUUUAUGAUAAGAUUUAGAUGAUAAUGUUUUUGGCAAGAGUAUCACAGAAGUUAUCCCAUGAUCUUCUUACUGCAUUCUAUCAGGUGACCGGCAAUUAUUAUUAUUUUUUAUUUUCAUCUUUUAAGUUCAGGGGUACAUGUGCAGGAUGUGCAGGUUUGUUACAUAGGUAAAUAUGUGCCAUGGUGGUUUGCUGCACAGAUCAUCCCAUCACCUAGGUAUUAAUAAUAGCCCAGCAUCCAUUGGCUAUUCUUCAUGAUGCUCUCCCUUCUCUCACCCGCCAGCAUCCCACAUGCCCCUGUGUGUGUUGUUCCCCGCCAUGUGUCCAUGUGUUCUCAUUAUUCAACUCCCACUUGUAAGUGAGAGCAUGCAGUAUUUCAUUUUCUAUUUCUGCGUUGGUUUGCUGAGGAUAAUGUUCUGCAGCUCCAUCCAUGUCCCUGCAAAGGACAUGUCUCAUUCCUUUUCAUGGCUGCAUAGUAUUCCAUGGUAUAUAUGUACCACAUUUUCUUUAUCCAGUUUAUCAUUGAUGGGCUUUUAGGUUGAUUCUUUGUCUUUGCUAUUGUGAAUAGUGCUGCAGUGAACAUACGUGUGCAUGUAUCUUUAUACUAGAAUUAGUUAUAUUCCUUUGGGUAUAUACCAAGUAAUGGGAUUGCUGGGUUAAAUGGUAUUUCAGGUUCUAGAUCUUUGAGGAAUCACCACACUGUCUUCCACACUGGUUGAACUAAUUUACACUCCUAUCAACAGUGUAAAAGCAUUCCUGUUUCUCCAUAAUCUUGCCAGCAUCUUUUUAUUUUUUUGAAUUAUAGCCAUUCUGACUGUUGUGAGAUGGUGUCUCAUUGUGGCUUUGAUUUGCAUUUCUCUGAUGAUCAGUGAUGUUGAGGUUUUUUUGUUUGUUGGCUGCAUGUAUGCCUUCUUUUGAAAAGUGUCUGUUUGUGUCCUUUGACCACUUUCUAAUGGGGUUGAGUUUUUUUUCUUGUAAAUUUGUUUAAGUUCCUUGUAGAUGCUGGAUAUUAGACCUUUGUCAGAUGGAUAGAGUGCAAAAAUUUUCUGCCAUUCUGUGGGUUGUCUGUUUACUCUGUUGAUAGGUUCUUAAUGCUGUGCAGAAGCUCUUCAGUUUAAUUAGAUCCCAUUUGUCAAUUUUGGCUUUUGUUGCAAUUGCUUUUGGCACCUUCGUCAUGAAAUCUUUGCCCUUGCCUGUGUCCUGAAUGGUGUUGCCUAGGUUUUCUUCCAGGAUUUUUAUAGUUUUGGGUUGUAGAUUUAAGUCUUUAAUCCAUCUUGAGUUAACUUUUGUAUAUGGGUUAAGGAAGGGGUCCAGUUUCAAUUUGCCAGUUUCAACUGGCAUAUGGCUAGCCAGUUCUCCCAGCACCAUUUAUUAAAUAGGGAAUCUUUUCCCUAUUGCUUCCUUUUGUCAGGUUUGUCAAAGAUCACAUGGUUGUAGGUGUGUGGUCUGAUUUCUGGGUUCUCUAUUCUGUUCCAUUGGUCUAUGUGUCGGUUCUUGUAUCAGCACCAUGCUGUUUUGGUUACUGUAGUCUUGUAGUAUAGUUUGAAGCUGGGUAGCAUGAUGCCUCUAGCUUUGCUCUUCUUGCUUAGGAUUGUCUUGGCUAUUUGGGCUCUUUUUUGGUUCCAUGUGAAUUUUAAAAUAGCUUUUUCUAGGUCUGUAAAGAAUGUCAGUAGUAGUUUAAUGGGCCUAGCAUUUAAUUUACAGAUUGCCUUGGGUAGUGUGGUCAUUUUCACGAUAUUGAUCCUUCCUGUCUGUGAGCAUAUGUUUUUCCGUUUGUUUGAGUCAUCUCUGAUUUCUUUGAAUAAUGGUUUAUAGUUAUCCUUGAAAAGGUCCUUCACUUUUCUUGUUAGCUGUAUUCCUAGGUAUUACUCUUCUUGUGGCAGUUGUGAAUGGGAGUUAAUUCAUGAUUUUUCUCUCGGCUUGCCUGUUGUUGGUGUAUAGGAAUGCUAGUGACUUUUGCACAUUGAUUUUGUAUCCUGAGACUUUGUUGAAGUUGCUUAUCAGCUUAAGAAGUUUUUGAGCUGAGAUGAUGGAGUUUUCUAGAUAUAGGAUCAUAUCAUCUGCAAACAAAGAUAGUUUGACUUCCUGUCUUCCUAUUUGAAUAGCUUUUCUUUCUUUCUCUUGCCUGAUUGCCUUGGUGAGAAUUUCUGAUACUGUGUUGAAUAGGAGUGGUGAGAGAGGGCAUCUUUGUCUUGUGUCAGUUUUCAAGGGGAAUGCUUCCAGGUUUUCAGGUAUUCAGGCAACAAAUAGCCUUACGAAUAGAAUAGUACCUCACAUCUCAAUGCUAAUAUUGAACGUAAAUGGCCUAAAUGCUCCACUUAAAAGAUAUAGAAUGGCAGAAUGGGUAAGAAUUCACCAACCAAGUUGCUGCUGUCUUCGGGAGACUCACCUAACACAUAAGGACUCACAUAAACUUAAGGCAAAGGGUUGGAAAAAGACACUUCGUCUAAAUGGACACAUCAAAAGUGAACAGGAGUAGCUGUUCUUAUAUCAGACAAAACAGACUUUAAGACAACAGCAGUUUUAAAAAGACAAAGAGAGACAUUAUAUAAUGAUAAAAGGACUAGUUCAACAGGAAAAUAUCACAGUCCUAAAUAUAUAUGCAUCUAAUACUGGAGAUCCCAAAUUUAUAAAACAAUUACUACUAGAUGUAAGAAAUGAGGUAGUUGGCAACACAAUAAUAGUGGGGGAUGUUAAUACUCUACUGGCAGCACUAGACAGAUCACCAAGACAGAAAGUCGACAAAGAAACAAUGGACUUAAACUAUACCCUAGAACAAAUGGACUUAACAGAUACUUACAGAACAUUCUACCCAACAAGCAUAGAAUAUACAUUGUAUACAUCAGAACACGGAACAUUCUCCAAAAUAGACCAUAUGAUAGGGCACAAAACAAGUCUCAGUAAAUUUAAGAAAAUCAGAAUUAUAUCAAGUAUUCUCUCAGACCACAGUGGAAUAAAAUUGGAAAUUAAUUCCAAAAGGAACACUCAAAAGCAUGCAAAUACAUGGUAAUUAAAUAACCUACUCCUGAAUGAUUGUUGGGUCAACAAUGAUAUCAAGAGGGAAAUUUAAAAAUUCUUUGAACUGAACGAUAAUAGUGACACAACCUAUCAAAAACUCUGGGAUACAGCAAAAGUGGAGCUAAGAAGAAAAUUCAUAGCAUUAAAUGCCUACAUCAAAUAGUCUGAAAGAGCACAAGUAAACAAGGUCACACCUCACAGAAUUGGAGAAACUAGAACAGUCCAAAUCCAAACCCAGCAGAAGACAAGAAAUAACAAAAUCAGAACAAAACUAAAUGAAAUUUAAACAAAAAAAUACAACAGAUAAAUGAAACAAAAAGCUGGUUCUUUGAAAAGAUAAAUAAAAUUGAUAAACAUUAGCAAGAUUAAUCAAGAAAAGAAGAGAGAAGAUCCAAAUAAGCUCUAUUAGAAAUGAAAUGGGAGAUAUUACCACGAUACCACAGAAAUACAAAGAUUAUUCAAGACUACUGUGAACAUCUUCACAUCCAUAAACUAGAAAACCUACAGGAGAUCGAUAAAUUCCUGGAAAUAUACAACCCUCCUGGAUUAAAUUAGGAAGAUAUAGAAACUCUGAACAGACCAAUCACAAGCAGCAAGAUUGAAAAUGGUAAUUUAAAAAAUGCCAACAACAAAAAAGUCCAGGACCAGAUGGAUUCACACCUGAAUUCUAUCAGACAUUCAAAGAAUUGGUACCUAUCCUAUUGACACUAUUUCACAGGAUAGAGAAACAGAAAUCUUCCCUAAAUCAUUCGAUGAAACCAAAAUCACCAUGAUAUGGUUUGGCUCUGUGUCCCCACCCAAUUCUCAUCGUUUAGCUCCCAUAAUUCCCACAUGUUGUGAGAAGGACCCAGUAGGAGAUGAUUGAAUUAUGAGGGCGGGUCUUUUCCAUGCUGUUCUCAUGACAGUGAAUGAGUGUCACAAGAUCUGAUGGUUUUAAAAACAGGACUUUCUCUACACAAGCUCUUUCUUUUUGCCUGCUGCCAUCCACAUAGGAUGUGACUUGCUCUUCCUUGACUCCACCAUGACUUUGAGGCCUCCCCAGAUAUGUGGAACUGUAAGUCAAAUAAACCUCUUUCUUUUGUAAAUUGCCGAGUCUCAGGUAUGUCUUUAUCAGCAGUGUGAAAAUGGACUAAUACACACCCUAAUACCAAAACAGACUAAUAGACACCCUAAUACCAAAAGCAAGGAAGGACAUAAUGAGAAAAGAAAGCUACAGACCAACAUCCCUGAUGAACAGAGAUGCAGUAAUCCUCAAAAAAAUACUAGCUAGCUGAAUCUAACAACAUAUCAAAAAGGUAAUCCAUCAUGAUCAAGUGGGUUUCAUACCAGGGAUGCAGGGAUGGUUUAACAUCUGCAAGUCAAUAAAUGCGAUACACUACAUAAACAGAAUUAAAAAACAAAAGUCACAUGAUCAUCUCAAUAGAUGCAGAAAAAGCACUUGAGAAAAUCCAGCAUCCCUAUUUUAUUAAGACCCUCAGCAAAAUCAGCAUAGAAGGGACAUACAUUAAGGUAAUAAAAGCCAUCUAUGACAAACCCACAGCCAGCAUUAUACCGAACAGGGAAAAGUUGAAAGCAUUCCUCCUGAAAACUGGAAGAAGACAAGAUUGCCCACUUUCUCCACUUCUAUUCAACAUGGUAUUGGAAGUUCUAGCCAGAGCAAUCAGACAAGAGAAAGAAAUCAAGGGCAUCCAAAGUGGUAACGAAGAAGUCUGCCUAUUGCUGUUUCCCAAUGAUAUGAUUGUAUACCUAGAAAACCCUAAAGACUCAUCCAAAAAGCUUCUAGAACUGGUAAAUGAAUUCAGCAAAGUUUCAGGAUACAAAGUUACACACAAGUAUACACAAAUCUGUAGCUGUGCUAUACACCUUCAGCGACCAAGCGAAGAAUCAAAUCAAUAACUCAACCCUUUUUACAAUAGCUACAAAUAAUAAUAAUAAUAAUAAUAAUAAUAAUAAUAAUAAUAAUAAUAAUAAAAUACUUAGGAAUAUUCCUAACCAAGGAGGUGAAAGAUUUCUGCGUGGAAAACUACAAAACACUACUGAAAGAAAUCACAGAUGACACAAACAAAUGGCAGCACAUCCCAUGCUCAUGGAUGGGUAGAAUCAAUAUUGUGAAAAUGACCAUACUGCCAAAAGCAAUCUACAAAUUUAAAUCCAAUUCCCAUCAAAAUACUACCAUCAUUCUUUACAAAAUGAUGAAAAAUAAUCCCAAAAUUCAUAUGGAACCAAAAAAGAGCCUACAUAGCCAAAGGAAGACUAAGCAAAAAGAAUAAAUCUGGUGGCAUCACAUUACCUAACUUCAAACUAUUCUGUAACGCCAUAGUCACUAAAACAGCAUGAUACUAGUAUAAAAAUAGGCACAUAGACCAAUGGAACAGAAUAGAGAAUCCAAAAUUAAAGCCAAAUACUUACAGCCAGCUGAUCUUCAACAAAGUGAGGAAAGGAUACCCUGUUCAACAAAUAGUGCUGGGAUAAUUGGCUAGCCAUAUUUAGGAGAAUGAAACUGGAUCCUUAUCUCUCACCUUAUACAAAAAUCAACUCAAGAUGGAUCAAGAACUUAAGACCUGAAGCCUUAAAAAUUCUAGAAGAUAACAUUGGAAAAACCCUUCUAGACAUUGGCUUAGGCAAAGACUUCAUGACCAAG